GUCAAUAUUGUUGGUUAAAGUAAAAAUCUCAGAUAAAUAAUAAUAAUCUCAAUAAUAAUAAUUUAUAAUAAAUUGGCAUAGAAAAUGGGAGACAUGGAAGAAGAUAUUCAAUAUCCUUCACAUUUUUCCAGUACCAUAGCCUCAGUUGUUGGUAUAUUUGAGGACUAUGGCUGGUACAUUCUCAUAUCAGGUGUAAUAAUGGCUUAUCUAUAUCAAAGAUAUCUUAGGACCAUAGUGGAUCAUUAUAAAACAAAAAGAGAUGAAGCAGAAUAUGCUGCUAAGUAUCACAAAAAUCCUGAUUUAGUAACUGCCAGGCUGACAGCUCAGGAACAGCGUACCCUGCAGUUGCAGGAGAAAUAUAGAAGGGAUGCAGAGGAACAUAAGAGGAAAACUGAAGAGAAAGAAGCCAAGAAAAGAGAAGCUCUUCUGAAUAAAUACAGUGAGGACAGAGGUCACAAAUUAGGAGCAUCAAAUAAUGAUGAGAACAAAUCAUUCAAACCAGAUUAUAAUCCUUUGAUGGGUGGCGGAAGUUCUUCCAAUUACAGACCACCAAGAAGAAGUGCAUGUGGUAGAGGAGGAUGUGGAUAAGUAUCUGUGAAAUCCCUUUGAAAACUAUAUAUUUCAUGAGUUAAUUUUGAAUACUUAUUUCUCUAAUGAUGCUAAUUCCUAUUGGUUACUUGUUACAGAUAAUAGACUAUACUUACUUUCAUUCCUAUUGAGUUUUUUUU